AGCGGUCUGUUCGCCGGACUUCCAGCCUUGGCGGGUCCCCAACGACUCGCCAAUUCCCUCAGGCAGAGGUUUGCUACCCAUUCUGGUUACCCCCGGCCCGGCCUGAUGCGCAUCGACCCAAUCGCGACGAUCUCCUCGUCACGCUCGCUUGAUUGUAAGAAAACAAGCAAACAAGCAAACAAGGUCUUCUUCUUCUUCUUCUCCUUCUUCUUCUUCUUCUUCUAACAUGCUGAUAGGGAUUAUUAGUUCCUCUCGUUAGUUACAAGAAAUAAUUUCGAGCGCAUAUGCACUACAACAACCACCAUAAUCACCAACAAUUGUCACCACCACAACCACCACCACCACUACCGCCACCACCACCACCACCACCACCACCAACACCACCAUCAUCAUCGUCGUCAUCAUCAUCAUCAUUAUCGGCAUAACUACAACAGUAGAGGAUUAGAGUUUUUGAAUAAUUUGAAUUUGAAAAAAAAGAAAUAAAAAAAAGAAGAACACAAUGACGACGAUACCGAUAAUCAACAUGGAAGUUGGGGCCUUGAAAGAGAUAGUAUGGACGAAGUUACAAGAACCGAAAGCUCAACGUAAGCUUGUAUUGGUGAUCGUAUCGGUGGCAUUGUUGUUGGAUAACAUGUUGUAUAUGGUGAUAGUACCGAUAAUACCGCAUUAUUUGAAAUACGUUGGUGGGUUUGAAGAUAAUGGUGAGGAGGGUAACGAAACAAGUAGUCCUGCAGUCCAUCACGGACAGGACUCGGCAACGGGAGUGUUGUUCGCGUCUAAAGCUAUUGUCCAAUUAAUGGUGAAUCCGUUUUCUGGUGCAUUGAUUGAUAAAAUCGGUUACGACAUACCAAUGAUGAUAGGAUUGUGCAUAAUGUUUUUGUCAACUGCUGUAUUCGCAUGCGGCAGGAGCUACGGUGUAUUAUUUUUUGCAAGAAGCUUACAAGGAGUUGGUUCGGCGUUCGCUGAUACGUCUGGACUUGCUAUGAUUGCUGAUAGGUUUACAGAAGAAUCCGAACGUUCGAAGGCACUUGGAAUAGCCUUGGCAUUUAUUAGUUUUGGAUGUUUGGUAGCACCCCCGUUCGGUGGUGCAUUGUAUCAAUUUGCCGGUAAGGAAAUGCCAUUUUUGAUAUUGGCUUUCGUCAGUUUGGCCGAUGGUUUUAUGUUGUUAUUGGUAAUGAAACCGUUUAAGGAACAAAUGAAGGAUAGAAAUCGAGAACGUGAACCUACGAUACCGAUUUGGCGAUUAUUGAUGGAUCCUUAUAUCGCAGUUUGUGCUGGUGCUUUGAUGAUGUCUAACGUAGCAUUAGCCUUCUUGGAACCAACUAUCUCACUUUGGAUGGAAGAUCACAAUAUAACCCACGAUUAUUGGAAAAUGGGUAUGAUAUGGUUACCAGCAUUUUUUCCUCACGUUAUCGGUGUCAUAAUAACCGUCAAAAUGGCCAAACAGUAUCCCCAACAUACUUGGUUAAUGGCAGCCGGUGGUCUAGCUCUCGAGGGUCUCUGUUGUUUCAUCAUACCAUUCUCGACCUCGUACAAGGUCCUAAUGAUACCUAUUUGUGGAAUAUGUUUUGGCAUUGCUCUAAUCGAUACUGCAUUAUUACCGACCCUAGGAUAUCUUGUGGAUGUUAGAUAUGUGUCGGUUUACGGUAGCAUUUAUGCUAUUGCUGAUAUUUCUUACAGCGUCGCGUAUGCGGUUGGUCCGAUAAUAGCUGGUGGUGUUGUUGAGGCUAUCGGUUUUACUGCGCUCAACAUUGGAAUAGCAUUUUCCAAUCUUCUUUACGCACCUGUACUCUAUUAUCUGAGACAUAUCUACGAUUUCAAACCGUUACAAGACGAGGCUAACGUUCUUAUGCAAGAUCCACCUGACAAGGAAUACCAAACUUACGUACUUCAAGAUCAAAGACCUAUACCAAAUGAAUUUGGUAAUCAUUUGAAUCAAACUCGCAUGGAAACUAACAUCGAUCAAACAUAUGAUCCGAAUUAUCAGACUAUGCAAAAUACCGGAUACGAUCAGAGUAUUGUAUAUGGUCAGAACGUAACUGGUUAUAAUCAAACCAGUGGUUAUGAACAACAACCACCACCAACGUAUGGACAACAACCACAACAACAGCCGCAAGGACCCUUAAAUUAUGCUCAACCAGUUGGUUAUGUCCAACCACAACCAAUGCAACAGCCCCAACCACCGUUACAACAACAACAACCUUACAUACAACAGGAUGUACAAGAACAACGAGGAUCUCAAACGGAUGUUAAUCCAUUUAGAAGAGCUCCACCUGAUCUUGUUGAACAACAAAGACCAUCAAGUGACAGCAAUCCUUUUAGGCAAGGAUUGUUUUAGUCAUCCAUAAAUUAACAAAAUUAAAAACAACGUGAUGGAAAAUUUCAACAAAUACUGAAUAUCAAAUAUUAUAUAUUCCUGUAUUAUAUCGAUAAUCCUAAUCGACAUCGAGUUUUCGAGAUUAGUCUUCGAAAGAUAGGCUUCCAGUUAUAAACAAAGAAAAUAAAGAAGAUGAAGAUGAAGAUAAAGAUGAAGAAGAAGAAGAAGAAAAAAAAUGAUGGGACAACUCUUCAUUUUGCAAUCGAUUCAACCCCAUUGGUAUACAGAAAGUAUAAUUCUCUUCUUUUCUUUCUUUUUCUUUUUAACUUUCAAAAUGCUUCAUAUAAUUUUAUUCCUUGAUAAAAGAAG